AUGAGCUUUUCUGACUUGUAUGAAGACGUUUUCCGUAUGUUCCAGUUUUUGCCAAGUGAUGCUAUUGAGCUUCAGUAUUCCGUACCGGGUUGUGAAGCAUGUUUUAUUCGUUCCGAACGUGAUUUCCAGAUGCUGUUUUGCGGUGCUAGAAUACAUAAGUUAGAAUGUGUUGAUAUUUCUGUUAUAAAGAUUGGUGGAAGUUGCAACAACACGUGUUCAGUGGAAGUUGUUGAUGAGGACGAUUAUUUGGGGGAGGCAUUUAGGAUUGAAGUUCACAAGUCGUAUUUGUCUGAUGAGUGGAGUUCCUAUAUUCAUCACGUUGGGGAGAAGUUUCAUGGUGCAGCUGAGCUCCGUGAGAAACUCAGGAAGUAUGCAAUUGCAGUUGGUUUCGAGUUCGUUUUUUUGAGAAACGAUUUGGACCGUAUUCAUGUAGUUUGUUCAAAUAUUGGAACUGAAGGCUGUGAUUGGCAUCUUCGCGCACUUUCAUCAUCUGCCAAUAGUUGCCUUCAUAUAACGGAGUUGAAUAAUAUUCACACUUAUAAGGGUGUAGUUAGGACUCAAAAGCACAAGCUUCUGGGAUCCAAGGUUGUGAAGACUUGCAUUGCUGGCAAUGUUAGCUAUAAUCUUUCACUGAAGCCAAGGGAAAUUAUGAGUAAAUUCAAGUCAACAUAUGGUUUUGAUAUUUCCUACAAGGUUGCCUUGAAAGCGAAGCAAAGUGCUAAGGAAGCGAUUUAUGGUUCCGAUGCAGGUUCAUUCAGCAAGUUAUCUUGGUAUAAGGAAGCCGUUUUGGAGAGUAAUCCGGGCUCUUAUUUUGUGUUGGAAGUUGACCCAUCCACUAAUCGUUUUCAUAGGCUUUUCGUAGCUUAUGGAGGUUGUAUUGAAGGCUUCCAAUUCUGUUUGCCAGUGUUGUAUGUUGAUGGAACUUUUGGUAAAAGCAUUUAUAAGGGUCAUAUUCUUUCUGCCACUGGCAGGAAUGGAAAUCAAGGUUUUUACCCUCUAGCCAUAUGUUUUUGUGAUUCUGAGACGGAAACAAAUUGGACAUUCUUUUUCAAGCAUUUGAAGAGUUUACUUGAAUCUCAAGGAAGAGUAAUCACGUUUAUUAGUGAUCGGGGUACCGGACUGUUGAGUGCUUUCGAUAAGGUAUUUGCUGGACAUCCUCACCUGUUUUGUUACAAGCAUUUGGUGGCGAACCUUGCAGAUAAAUAUGGGGAUAAAGGCAAUUCUGUGAUGAUAGAAGAAGUUAAGAAGAAGUUUUUUAAGGUUGCAUAUUCCUCUACCGAGAAGGAAUACCGUUUCAAUUUGCGGUUGCUUAGGCAAGAGGGUGGGGCUGAGAUUAUUGACCCAUUUCUUGCUGAAAUUCCAAUUCAACAUUGGUGCCAUGUAUUUUAUACAGGCGGCCGAUAUGGAAUAAUGGCCAAUGGGAUUGCAGAAUCAUUUAACUCCUGGAUUUCACUUGAGUGUUUGAUGCCGGUAUGUUGUAUGUUGGAUCAGACCAGAAUUAAGCAAAUGGAGCAGAUAGGUAAGAGGAGGGAUGAGGCACAACGUUGGACAACAGAACUGACUCCCAAAAUGGAGGAAAGGCUGAAGGUGCAGAUGGAGAAAUCUCGUCGCUUCAGUGUCCAUUACUCUAGCCCUGGUGUUUAUGAGAUCAAUUGUUUUCCUUGUCCUCAAGACCUUGCUGCAAUACAAGCUGCUUCUGAAAAUGUCUAUGGUUAUAUUGAUAAGCCACCCGGAAGGCCCAGGUUGAAGUGGUUCAAGUCUAUUGGAGAGGUCGAAAAGAAGCUGAUUCGUUGCGGCUGUUGCGGAAAAAUGGGCACUCAUAACAAGAAGAGCUGCACAGAACCUCUCGUUCAAUAG